CAGAUGGCUGACCUCCGAACCCUUCACACAGCGCGUCAUACACCCAACCAUCUCCAAAGCACAUACAUUCUACUCCCAGCUUAUAGACGCUAUUUCUCUUUCGGAUCUCAUUUGCUCUCAACAGAAUUCGCCAUGGGAGACGUGGCCGUGGAGAACCCGGCGAACAACGUCACGCCGCUUCCCAAGCCAGGCGCGCUCGACGCCCUCGCCAACUUGGACUCCCUCGAUGGCACAGGCGCUGAUGGAAACGAUGAAUAUGCUACUCUGAAGCGCCUACAGAGACAUCUAGAGUAUAUCCAACUGCAGGAGGAAUACAUCAAGGACGAGCAGAGAAGCUUGAAGAGGGAGCUGGUUCGGGCACAAGAGGAGAUUAAGCGGAUACAGAGUGUGCCGCUGGUCAUCGGACAGUUUAUGGAAGCUAUCGAUCAGAACACUGGUAUUGUGCAAAGCUCGACCGGUUCUAAUUACGUCGUCCGCAUCCUGUCCACCCUCGACCGCGAGAAGCUGAAACCCUCAUCUUCGGUCGCCCUUCACCGUCACUCCAAUGCCCUUGUUGAUAUUCUUCCUCCCGAGGCCGACUCCUCUAUUGCCAUGCUGGGUGAGAAUGAGAAGCCCGAUGUGACAUACGCGGAUGUUGGUGGUCUCGAUAUGCAGAAGCAGGAGAUCCGGGAGGCUGUCGAGCUGCCUUUGACGCAUUUCGACCUCUACAAGCAGAUUGGUAUCGAUCCUCCUCGUGGUGUCUUGCUGUAUGGUCCUCCUGGGACCGGAAAGACCAUGCUGGUUAAGGCCGUGGCCAACAGCACAACUGCCAGCUUCAUCCGUGUCAACGGGUCAGAGUUCGUACAGAAGUAUCUGGGCGAGGGUCCCCGUAUGGUGCGCGACGUUUUCCGCAUGGCGCGUGAAAACUCGCCGGCCAUCAUCUUCAUCGAUGAGAUCGACGCGAUCGCCACCAAGCGUUUCGAUGCCCAGACCGGUGCCGAUCGUGAAGUCCAGCGUAUUCUGCUGGAAUUACUGAACCAGAUGGAUGGUUUCGAACAAUCCAGCAACGUCAAGGUCAUCAUGGCCACCAACCGAGCUGACACUUUGGACCCUGCUCUUCUGCGUCCUGGUCGACUGGACCGAAAGAUUGAGUUCCCCAACCUGCGGGAUCGACGUGAGCGCCGCUUGAUUUUCACCACCAUCGCAUCCAAGAUGUCGCUUUCUCCCGAGGUUGACCUCGACGCCCUGAUCGUGCGCAACGACCCCCUGUCCGGUGCUGUGAUUGCUGCUAUCAUGCAGGAAGCUGGUCUGCGGGCUGUCCGCAAGAACCGCUACAACAUUAUCCAGUCGGACCUUGAGGAUGCUUAUGCCGUUCAAGUCAAGAAUGGACAGGACGAUGACCGCCCUGACUUCUACCGGUAAACGCUUGGGUCUCUCGGAGGUGUGGUGGAUUUCAGUGACGAAAGCUUGGUCUUCCUCACCAGUUGUAUUAUCAAUAAUAUGCAGGCGCCAUGUGUCACAAUGUUUGGACGAUUUCUUGAUUCUGUAAUGCUCCUUUCGACCUCUACAGUGGUAGAUUGCCUUGUCUUGGCAUUUACCUGCCCUCGGUCAACUAAACCGUCCCUGUAAACUAGUAGCCAACAAUAACCGUUUUGUUUAGUGUAAUUUACAUUGGGGUAUUUUGUUGUGACUCUGGUGAGGAAAGGCUGUGAUUCGACGAUUUGUUGUCGCGAUUCUCACGGUACUCUACCAAGUAUAUAUAUCCGCGGGUGAUACUGUAUCGAAGUAUAUACGUCUGGAUUCGGAAC